UUGCGCACAUCACAGGAAAUGUGGUCGGGUCGCCCACCUCACACUCAUGCUCAGCAAUAAGCUACGCAGAAGUUUCUAGUACCAGAGGACAGCGGCACCUAGGAGAGCGACACAGGCUUGCUGCCAGGGGGGUUCUGAACAGCAUAAUCCAGCAGCUGGGAGAGCCUGCAGUGGUGGGCUCAGAGGAAUCCUAGUGCCUCCCUGUGUGCAGCUGGAUUUUGCCCAGCACUGGAGUGACUCCUGCCCUAGGCAGCCUGCCGUAGCAGGAGGGGCGCCACUGCAGACUCAGCACAGCAUCUGCCAAGCUCUGAGGAGCCCCGUCGCGUCUUCGUUGAGAUGAGAGUCAACUUUCUCUCCCUGCUGCAGAAGGUCAGAGCUGUUUGCUGAGGCCCCGCUGGUGCCCGGGAGUGAUGGGAAGUUUGCCCAGCAGGACGAAGCAGCUUGUCAUUCAGUCCAGCCCAGCUGCUGCCAUGCAGACCACUGCCCCCGUGCAGACAGGUCUGAACAGCUACGUGGCAGUUGCCUUGUGCUCUUUCCCCGCGGGUGGGGUGGAGACCAUCCUGAGACCAGGAGAGCAGCUGAACGUCCUCUCUGAGGAUGGGGAAUGGUGGAACGUGGUGUCGCUAGCCACCGGCAAGGAGUGUUCAGUCCCCAGCAGCCACGUGGCGAAGGUGUGGCACAGGUGGCUGUACGAGGGUGUUAGCCGGGAGAAAGCUGAGGAGCUGCUGCUUCUGCCGUGCAACCGCAGCGGUUCCUUUCUGAUCCGAGAGAGCCAGACCAGGCAAGGCUGCUACUCCUUGUCGGUCAGGCACACCAACCACUCCUCCUGGGACUCUGUCAAACACUAUCGCAUCAACCGCCUGGAGAACAGCUGGCUCUACAUCGCCCCACGCCUCACCUUCCCCAGCCUGCAGGCGCUGGUGGACUAUUACUCUGAAAUCGGGGAUGGGUUGUGCUGCCUCCUCAAGGAGCCGUGCUUCACCCAAGGAGCCGUGCGAGCCCCAGCCCAGGACCUGGCGCCGCCUGUGGUCAUCAAGAAAUCGGCUCUCAACUGGCAGGAGCUCGACAGCUCGGCCCUGUUAUCGGAGGCUCCGCCCACAGAGGGGGAGUCCCCAGUCAGCCUGGGCCUGCGGGAAGCCAUCAGCUCCUACCUCUUUCUGACGGAAGAGCUGCCCCCGGAGAAGGGCAGUCUGUGGAAGAGCACCUGAGGGUGCCGUACCCAGCACAUGGCACCAGGGUCUGCGGGGCUGCAGUCUCAGCCACCCAAGCUGCUUCCCCUGCCCCUGGACUUUCACCCCACACGCACCAUAUAAAUUAUUUCCCUGCUGCAAAGUAAUUUAUUGCAGCAGCGCUGCUCUGAGCUGUCCCCCCGGCUGGCCUUGUCUCAUGCUUCCACCCAGCUGGGUGGCUGGUUGGGUGGGGAGGUCCUGGUGCUUUGGGUCUGACUCGGGCCCAGCUGGGCCUGGAUCCACUGCUCGCCACAAGGAACCUAGCACCUGCUGCUCAGGGUCACUCUCUCACCUCCAGUGCUGGCGGCUUUGGCCGAGUAAGCUGCUGCCUGGAAAUCCCAGCCCGCAGGCAGCCUCUGAGGGCAUCUUACCGGGCCCAGCACCCUGGGUCUAGUGGCCAGAUGGAAAGGACUUGCUCGGAAGAGGAGUUUUUGGUGAAUUAUAAUGCACAGAGGCCCUGUUAUGUGCUGUGUGUAAGAGAGUUCGAUGCCAGUGAAGGUGACGGACUGGCCCUGCCUAACACUGAAUAUAACAGACAGCGAUGGGCCAGAAUCAGCCUGCUCCACUCAGUCCUGACCUGCAUGGUCCAUCCACAGCUCUGCCGACUCUGGACUCACGGGCCCUCCGAGCAUCAGCAAGGGCUAGGGUUUGCACAGAGAGCUGGGGCCAUCGCCAACUGCACGCUCCCGUGUGUCUGAUGUCAGCCUGUCGUCUUGCGUCUGCAGCAGCGAAAGACACGUCUCUCUCCACACCUGGUGCAGAGACAAGCUCCCCUAAGCCCUAAAGCCAGGCCCUGCAGCCCUGGAAGACGCUGGCCCGGCCCAAACAGUUCAGAAACUAAAGGUGCCAUGAGCCGGAGGCCAGGAAAUGGCCCCCAACUACGGGGCUGUCUCUGUCAACUGAAAUAAAAUGCAAAUAUUGAAUAA